AUUGGAUAUUAGAAACUGAUAGCGCACUUAUCAAACGAAUGCGUUGUAACUCGUUGUUGGUUUACAUCUGCAUAAUAACGCAUCUUGGAAAAUAAUGCCUCUGAUUAACUAUCGAUUCGCUCUUACAGCUUACCAAAGGUUCCAAUCAGUCACCUGUGUGUCACUAAAUCGUCACUAUGGAAGCUCAUCAACACCAGUGGAAUAUUUUACAAAAUUUCAAGAGUUAGCUGAUCAUUGGCCUUCUGAUACUUGCGGUAGAAAAGUGACUCUAAAAGAUGAAAUCAAACGUCGUGCAACUGAAUUCCUUUCUAAACCAAUACAAGAAAUAGAUACUAAAUUUUGGGAAGAAGAAUGCCAAAGUUUGUCUCGUAUUUUUAAUAACCAUUAUCGAGAUAUUUAUCGACCUCCUUCCGUUCUUCGUGAUGGUUGCACUGUACCAGGAAGUUCAGUCAUAGCUGCGACCGGAGCUGAUCUGAUGGAAUGUAGAAGAAUUCUUUGUGAUCGUGAAGAACGAGGAAAAAAUCUUUCUUUAUAUCAACGCCUUAUUGAUAAAUUCUUUUACUAGCCCACUUUCUAUAUUUUAUUUGUAUAGUUUCAUUGAAAAUGUGUGCAUUAGUCUUGUUAUUUAACGUCUUUUCAGAAAAUAAUUGUUGAGCUUCUGUUUUAAUAA